CUCUAUCCUUUUUUUUUCCUUUUUAUAUAUUAUUUACUAUUAGAUAAUGGCUACUCCUAUUGUGGAAGCUACCGAAAAGCUUAGUCUUGCUGAAACUGUCUUUGUAGACGAAAUUGCUGGUUGUGACACCAAUGGCAAUGGUACUGAAACAGCUCCCUUCAAGUCAGUCCUUAAGGCUAUUGAAGUAAAGGGCGACAACAUUAAAGUUCAAAUUAAGAAGGACGAGGAAGGUUUUAAGGAUAUUUCUGGUGCUGCUUUCAAGAAGGCUAAGAAGACCUUUGCCGAACAACAAAAGAAAGCCAAGAAGCUUGAAGAACAAAAAAAGAAGCAGGAUGCUGAAUUAAAGAAGAAGCAAGAAGAAGAAGCCAAGGCUAUUGAAUAUGCUAAAUCUGUUAUUCUUAAGGAAGAUGAAUCUCUUCCUAAAGCAGAAAAGAUUAAAAUCCGUCAAUCUACUGAAAAGAGAGGUAAGCGUGUUAAGGUCUCUGGUUGGGUACAUCGUCUUCGUGUUCAAGGUAAAGAUAUGAUGUUUAUUAUCAUUCGUGAUGGUUCUGGCUAUUUACAAUGUGUCUUGACCGGAAAAUUGUGUCACUCCUAUGAUGCUAUUACUCUUACUGUUGAAUCUACCAUCACUGUAUAUGGUAUUAUUAAUGAACUUCCUGAAGGUAAAACAGCUCCUGGUAAUCAUGAAUUGGUUGCAGAUUAUUGGGAAGUUGUUGGUAAGGCACCUAGUGGUGAUGAAGCUUUCAACAACAAGGUCAGUGCUGAUGCUGAUCCUUCCUAUCUUUUGGAUAAUCGUCAUCUCGUUAUUCGUGGUGAAACUGCUUCUGCUGUCCUCAAAGCCAGAGCUGAAGUUAUUAAAGCUUUCCGUGCUUUCUAUGAACAAGAAAAAUUCACUGAAAUUACCCCUCCUUGUAUGGUUCAAACUCAAGUUGAAGGUGGUUCUACUUUAUUCUCAUUCAACUACUAUGGAGAGAACGCCUAUUUAACACAAUCCUCUCAACUUUAUCUUGAAACCUGUCUUCCUUCUCUUGGUGAUGUUUUCUGUCUUGCCGAAUCUUAUCGUGCUGAAAAAUCACAUACUCGUAGACACUUGUCAGAAUAUUCUCACUUGGAAGCUGAAAUGGCCUUCAUUGAAUUUGAUGACUUAUUAGACCAUCUUGAAAACUUGAUUUGUUUUGUUAUUGAUCGUGUCUUAGCUGAUGAAGAAACUGGUAAAUUGAUCCAACAAUUGAACCCUGACUUCAAGAAGCCUUCUCGUCCUUUCCUUCGUAUGAAGUAUGCUGAUGCUAUCAAGUAUUUGAAGGAAAAUGAUAUUAAAAAGGAAGAUGGUUCAUUCUAUGAAUUUGGUGAAGAUAUUCCUGAAGCUCCUGAACGUGCUAUGACAGAUAAGAUUGGUCGUCCCAUUUUCCUUACUCACUUCCCUCAUGAAAUUAAGGCCUUCUAUAUGCAAAAGGAUCCAUCUGAUAGACGUGUUACUGAAAGUGUUGAUGUUUUAAUGCCUGGUGUUGGUGAAAUUGUUGGUGGUAGUAUGAGAAUGGAUAACAGGGAAGAAUUAUUAGCAGCAUAUGGUACUGCUGGUAUUGAUCCUUCACCUUAUUAUUGGUACACUGAUCAACGUAAAUAUGGUACUACACCUCAUGGUGGUUAUGGUCUUGGCGUUGAACGUUUCCUUGCAUGGCUUCUCAACCGUUAUACUGUUCGUGAAUGUUGUCUUUAUCCUCGUUUCACUGGUAGAUGUACUCCUUAAAAGAAUAAUUAUAUUAAAAUUAAUAAGAAAGCAAAGCAUGAUGACUAUUGUUUUUUUAUUUUUUUGUUUGUUUUAUAUUCAUGUUAAGAGUUAUUCUAUAAUGUUCGAUAUUAUGAUGUCCCCUUAAUUUACUAAUAGUAAGCAUUCAUUUCUAGUUAGAAAGUAUAAUAGCGAGACAUUUAAGGAUAGCAGAUAUUAUUAAAAGAUGUAGACACUAAUUUUAGUGCAUAAAAAAAGGUUAUAGUAAAAUAAGGUAUUAUAUGGUGAGAUUUAAUGGGGUAAUAUGCAUAUUUU